CACAUGAAAAAAAAAAAGACAGAGAUAAAAAAAUCUAAAGAAACCAAUCUGCAUCACUACCAUCUUAGAAAUUAAAAACAACCCAAAAUAACCAAAAAAGAUAAUUAAUAGAAAAUUGCAGGUGGUCUGGGAUCCAGAUCUUCUGUUAUUAGUCUAUAAACAAAACAUGGGGUUCUCCCCUCAACAAUCCCAAAACACAGAGUCACACAGACACAAUCUCCCCUUCUUUUUUCUUACUUGCAGCAAUGCAUGCACAUACAAAAUACCCUCCUUUUCUUUCUCCCAGUAAUAUAUUUUUCUUCUUUGCAUUAGUUUCAUUAAGUUACUUAUCUUGUUUCUCAGCAGAUGUACAAAGCCAGGCUCUUUUAGCAUGGAAAGCCAGCUUGAACAGCUCUUCAGAUGCACUAACUUCAUGGAACUCUGCAGAUACAAGUCCUUGUCAUUGGUUUGGAAUACAUUGCAAUUCCAAAGGCCAUGUGACUGAAAUUAUCUUGAAAGCAGUGAAUUUACAAGGACCAUUGCCUUCAACUCUUCAACCACUUGAGUCUUUAACCACCCUCAUUCUGUCAUCUAACAAUCUCACUGGACCUAUUCCGAAGCAGCUUGGAGAGGUUCCUGAACUGAUCAUAUUAGACGUUAGUAGCAACUCUCUCGUGGGAGAGAUUCCGGUGGAGAUUUGCAGGUUGAGCAAGCUGACAACUUUGGCACUCAAUACUAAUUUUCUUGAAGGUGGUAUUCCAUCUGAGAUUGGAAAUCUUUCCAGCCUUGUCAAUCUUUUUCUCUUUGACAAUCAACUCAGUGGUGAAGUUCCAAAGAGUAUUGGGAACUUGAAGAAUCUUGAGGCUUUUCGAGCUGGUGGGAAUCAAAAUCUUAAAGGUGAGCUUCCUUGGGAGAUUGGGAACUGUAGUAAUCUGCUUGUGCUGGGCCUUGCUGAAACCAGCAUUUCUGGAAGUCUUCCUCUGUCAAUUGGAAACCUGAAAAAACUACAAACACUAGCAAUUUACACAUCUCUGUUAUCUGGACCAAUCCCAGAAGAGAUUGGAAACUGCAGUGAACUGCAGAACCUCUAUUUGUAUCAGAAUUCUAUAUCAGGUCCGAUUCCAAGGCGAAUUGGGGAGCUCAAGAAGCUUCAGAGCCUGCUGUUAUGGCAGAACAGUAUAGUGGGCACAAUCCCAUUUGAGCUUGGAAGCUGCACUGAGCUAACAGUUAUAGAUUUGUCUGCAAAUCUUCUGACAGGCAGCAUUCCUACAAGUUUCGGAGCUUUGUCAGGACUUCAAGAACUUCAGCUGAGUCUUAAUCAGUUAUCAGGUAUCAUCCCAGCUGAAAUUAUAAACUGCACAGCUAUUACUCAUCUGGAAGUUGAUAACAAUAAUAUUUCUGGAGAAAUUCCUGUUCAAAUAGGCAAUCUAAAGAGCAUGACUCUUUUCUUUGCCUGGCAAAAUAAGCUAACAGGCAAUAUUCCAGAGUCAUUAUCUGAGUGUAAGAAUCUUGAAGCUCUUGAUCUUUCUUAUAACCAUCUUUUUGGUACCAUACCUAAACACAUAUUUGAUCUGCAAAAUCUUACCAAACUGUUGCUGAUUUCCAAUGAUUUAUCGGGCUUUUUACCACCUGAGAUUGGAAACUGCUCAAACUUGUAUAGGUUUCGGGUGAGUGACAAUAGAUUGGCAGGCACUAUUCCACCUGAAAUUGGAAAUUUGAAAAAUCUUAAUUUUUUUGACAUGGGUAACAAUAGAUUUGUUGGUGGAAUUCCUCCAUCGAUAUCUGGAUGUGAGAGUGUUGAAUUUCUUGAUCUCCAUUCAAAUGCCCUUACUGGUUCUCUACCUGGCAUGCUUCCGAAAAGCCUGCAAAUUCUAGACAUCUCAGACAACAGGCUUACAGGUCCAUUGGAUCCCACUGUUGGUUCUUUAACUGAAUUAACAAAGCUUAAUCUUCAGAAGAAUCAACUUUCUGGCAGAAUUCCUGCACAGAUCCUAUCCUGCAGUAAGCUGCAAUUGUUGAAUCUUGGAAGUAACAGAUUUUCAGGGGAAAUACCUAAAGAAUUGGCUCAAAUCCAGUCGCUAGAGAUUGCUCUCAAUCUUAGUUUUAACCAAUUCACAGGUGAAUUGCCGAGUGAAUUCUCUGGUCUUAACAAGCUAGGAAAUCUUGACCUGUCCCACAACAAGCUCACAGGGAAUCUGAAUAAUCUGAAAAGCCUUGAAAAUCUUGUUUCUCUCAAUGUCUCAUUCAAUGACUUCUCAGGCUCAUUGCCUGAUACGCCAUUUUUCAAGAAACUCCCUAUGGAGAACCUAGCUGGAAACCAAGCUCUGUACAUUUAUAAUGGAGCUGGAGGUUCAACUGAUCAAAGUAGAGCAGCUGGGCAUGUGAAAUCGACGAUGAAGCUAACAAUGUCAAUCUUAGUCUGCGCCAGUGCAAUGCUUGUACUACUGGCAGUGUACGUGUUAAUCAAGACCCGUAUGGCCAGCAAUGGAACACCUGAAAGUGGAACUUGGGAGCUGACAUUCUAUCAAAAGAUGGAAUUUUCAGUGGAUGACAUAGUCCGCAAUCUUGUAUCAGCUAAUGUGAUUGGUACUGGAAGCUCUGGAGUUGUUUACAGGGUGACAACUCCAAAUGGGGAAUCUCUAGCUGUGAAAAAAAUGUGGUCAGCAGAAGAAUCAGGCGCAUUCAGUUCUGAGAUUGGAACACUGAGCUCAAUCCGACACAGGAAUAUUGUCCGUCUUUUAGGCUGGGGCUCAAAUCAGACAGUGAAACUGCUCUUCUACGACUAUCUUCCUAAUGGAAGCUUGAGUUCUCUCCUCCAUGGUGCUGGAAAGGGAGGCGCGGAAUGGGAAACUAGAUAUGAUAUUGUGCUUGGCGUUGCACAUGCACUGGCCUACUUGCACCAUGACUGUGUUCCUGCAAUCUUACAUGGGGAUGUAAAAGCGAUGAAUGUCUUAUUGGGAACAUGCCUUGAGCCCUACCUUGCUGACUUUGGGUUGGCUAAGGUUGUCAAUAACAGCAGCAAUGAUGAUUUCUCAAAGCAGAAUCAAAAAACUUAUCUAGCUGGCUCUUAUGGAUACAUGGCUCCAGAACAUGCUUCAAUGCAACGAAUUACAGAGAAGAGCGACGUCUACAGCUAUGGUGUGGUCCUGCUGGAGGUCUUGACAGGAAGGCAUCCAUUGGACCCGACCUUUCCAAAGGGUGCACACUUGGUACAGUGGGUACGCGAACACUUGCAGAGUAAGCUGGACCCAAGCGACAUUCUUGAUCCAAAGCUCAGAGGCAGGUCAGAUCCACAGAUGCAUGAAAUGCUGCAAACACUAGCCGUUUCAUUUCUAUGCGUUAGUACACGUGCUAAUGAUCGUCCAAUAAUGAAGGAUGUAGUAGCAAUGCUCAAGGAAAUUCGAAGUGUAGAACCUGUAAGAUCAGAUUCUGAUCUGAAGCGGGUUGUGUCUGGCCUUUCUCCCCCACCUCCAACUCGAAAACUGGUCUCACAGGGAUCCUCGAACUGUUCAUUUGCAUUCUCUGAGGAAUCAGUCUAGUAAGGUUUCAGGGAACAAUAUGCAAAGCUGUGCAUAUUUGCAUAGGAGUAUCUGUAGAGGGUAGUAGACAAUUGUCUUAUGAUUUGUUUUGCCAUAAUUAGUUGAUUGACCUAGCUGUUUCCUUGAAAUAAAAACAUGUAUGAAAAUUUAUAUGCUAUCAAGCUUGUAACAUACUAGAAUUGAAGAGAAGGUUCUUAAACGA